AUACCAACUCUCGCCUCGCCACAACAUCGCAUCAGCAGCGCGCAGCAGAGCAGGCCAACUCUCGACUCGUCAUCGUUUCCGGAAAAUUCGUCGCGCCAUAGGCAGACCAAGAUGGCAGUAGCGCGCAGUUGUCUGUUUAUUUACUACGCGUUAUCUGGUGCAUCAUUCUGAGGCUAAGCUUAUCCCUCUCGUCGUGUCUCUCCUGCGAGGCUCGGUGCGUACCCGCGCUCGAAGCGGAGCUGCACACUUCGUUCCACACGCGAGUAUAGUACAGAAAUCAACUUAUCGAAUAUAUAAGAGAAGCAAGAAUUGUGGAGUAGCAUUUUUCGACGAUCUGGAUCGUGCGUGUGUCCACAGUGUGUGACAGCGAGCGAGUCGCUCGGAAAACGGUCAAGGGCACGUCGUUGCUCCACGACUGCGGUCCCUCGAGUGUCUGCGAGAACUCGGUGCAGCGCGCGUUGGUGUGUCCGUGAGAGAGUCGACGGUAGGCCAGGAAUCCCGAAGAAUCGAGCGCAGUCCUAACCUAAAAAAAAGAGGAGUCUCGUUCAAGGCCUCUCGCGAACGGUUAUGCGGAGACUCAGCGAGGAGAUCUGCCCAAGUGGGACGACGAGGACCAGUGUACUGAGAUGCUGCGCGGCUCGGAGCAGACCCUGAGCCCGGACGACGAGGCCGCGAGCGCCAGGAUGGCCGAGGACGAGCUCCUGCUGCCCGCCAGCCUCGAGAAGCUCGAGAUCGAGCACAGGCUGUCCGCGGGCUGCUGUUAUCGCUGCACAAGAGCCAACAGAGAUGAAUCAAAAAAGGCAAACCCUUUUAGCCUUAACAGCAAACGUUCAUCAAGACUUAAAUCCUUGCCCAAUAGGCCAACAUCAUCUGUUGAGAGUCCUAAGGGCAUUAAAACGACAGAUCACUCCAAGGUGUCCAAGAGGGUUCAAAGAAUAACACCUUCUCGGCUGGAUAAACUAAAAAAGAACUCUAUUAUCAGAGAAGCCGUCCUCAAGCUUCGCAGUUCCGAUCCUACAUGCCUGAGUGAUAAUCAUGCUAGUACUCUUCUUGAAGAGGCUUGCAAACUCAGUAUUUCCCAGAAAUCUAACACGUUUGGCCAUGGCUCAGUGACUAAAGACUUCAAAUCUCUCAAUAUCAGCCCCAAUUCCAGACAGGUCAAGGAUGAUGCCAGUAUCUCCGAGGAGUACGAGGCAAACAGUUUUCAACGAGCUCGAAGCAAUACAAUGCCCAGUCUAAAAAGGACCAGUGGGCAGGCAUCUGAUGCACAGAACUCAUCUGGCAAUGGACAGCAGCCAUCAAGUUCAAAUACCUGUUCAGUGCAAGCGCGAAUAUCGCCGCCUCCUUGUGAUGUGACCAUUGAUGAGCUUGCCAGUUAUUUUGAAGAAUUUGUUCAUAUUCCAAAGAAGAUGUCACACAUGGCUGAGAUGAUGUACAUUUAAUUAUUCUCUCAUAAAGUGCUAUCUUAUUGAGAAUUAGCUUCAACGAGUUCUUUUUAAUUUGAAUGCAUUGCUAGAUAUUACUAAAGCUUAUACUGGCUCUGCAAGUAUUAUUCAGGGGGCUAAUAAUUACUAUAAUUCAUCAGCACUUUAUUUAAUGCGUUCAAUUUCAAUCUGUCAUUUCAAUUUAGCUAUAAAAUUACAACUGCAAACGUUAAGAUUGAAAAUGUGUGUUUUCAAUGCUUUUAAAAUUUAUGAGAAAUCAACGUUGGUUUUAGUAAGUCAAGAAAAAUUAAUUAAAUGUUAUUUAGUAAGUGAUAAAUGGAACUAAGCAUUGGAUAAACUAUACAGAAAUCAAAGUUCGAUGGCGUAACGUUUCUUUAUGAAUCUUUUAACUAUGAUUUUUGAAAACUAAUUUUCUUGAAUCAGUUAUAGAGUUUUGUCAAUCGUUUAACAAGAAAACAAGUAUGAUUAACUUUUUUAGUUAUGAAUUUACUAAAAUAAGUUUAUGAUAAUCUUGAGUCUUGAGUUUUCGAAUUUGAUGUUUAUUUAAUCUAAGCUAAAAUUAAAAAGAAUUAGGUAUAUUGGUGUUCAAACCAAGUAUGAACAAUAUUGGAAGAUAAACUAUAGAGGUGCUGUAAAACUAAUGCUGCAUAACCAGUAAAAGGUCACAAAUACACACGCGUUUGAGCAGCGCGCGCGUAUUCAUCAACUAAAUGAACUCAUAAAUACACGUACCCAAACAUAUACAUACAUUUACACAAACUCGCACACGUGCAUUCACACAUACGCGCACGUUAAUCUUGUACUGAAACUACUGGAAGGAUCUGUCUCUCGUUCAUAAACUACAUAAUCGCUAUAAGUUUAAUUUUUUGGUACCUAAAUUAUCUAAUAUAGAUUAAAGUAAAAGUUUAGUAAGCAGGUUUUGGUUUUAUUAACUAUUACUUGUGUUCUGAAUAUAAUUAUAAUGUACUUCUUAUUUUUUAACGUUGUUAGUUAAAGCUCCGAUAAUCAAUUUUAUCAAGACUGUAUGCAUACCUUCUAUUAAUGCAGCGAUUUUUCGACUUCAUUUUUAUAUUAACUAUAAUUUUGCAGUCGUGUUCGAUAGCUGGACUACAAAAACAUGUAAAUAUAUGUUGACCACAAAACAAUCAAACAGAGUUUCUUAUAUAUGUAUACAAUACAACUACGUAUUCCAGGUUCUUUACGCAUUAGUAACUUUUUGAAAGCUUCAUGUAAUACUUUUCAUUGUUUCAGAAUUUUUAAUCGGUUAUUAUUGUCAUAUUAUACGAAUGUUUUUUUUCGUACAGUCCUGUAUAUAUUCGAUAUUAUGAGAAUCAGUAAAGAAUAAACUUUAUAAAUGCAAACCUAAAA